UGGGAAACGCUCGCUCAAAAAUGUCUUCUGCGGCUGAUGUUAUCUUUUAUGGUGGUAGUAUUAUCACUAUGAAUGAAAAAAACCCUUUUGCUGAAGCUCUAGCCGUCACAGGAAACCUCAUUACAGCGGUAGGAAAACUAGAUGAAGUGUUUGCCCUAGCGGGUGAGACGACGAAACUUAUCUAUCUGAAUCAAAAAGCCCUUCUCCCGGGCUUCAUUGAGCCUCACACGCAUGCUGUGUUAUCGGUCCGGUUUAACGCGGCGUUCACUAACAUUGGUGGCUAUGAUUACCACACAUAUGACGAGGUAAACCAAAAAAUGAAGGCGACUAUUUGUGAACUCGGCAAGGAAACCUCUCCUCUCCCAUGGGCGUUGUUCUUUGGUUGGGACCCAGAGCUUAUCCCUAGCUUGCCAUUGCUUUCUGCGGACUUUCUGGAUAAAGAAUUUUCGUCUGAAGUCCCCGUCGUUGUGGUUGGCCAGAGCGGUCAUGUUGCUUGGGUAAAUCGGAAAGCUUUUGAGGUGGCUAAGGUAGAUGACUCAAUCGAAAAUGUGGGUGGCGGAGUGUUUGUCAAAGAUGAUGAAGGACAUCUGACUGGUCAGCUGUUUGAGACGCCUGCAAUACUACGUGUCAUAGGCCAUGCACCACAACCAACAGUUUCAGAUUUUGAGACAAAAAUAAAGGAGCAAUGGAAAGAUUUUGCUUCCCGGGGCUUCACAACAGUCACUGAAAUGGGUUACCUCAGCGACCCAGACUUUGAGACCCUCCUCAAGAAGGAGUCUAAACAAAGAGACUGUCCCAUCCGCCUAGCCUUGUACCGAGUGGUCAACGGUCCUGAAGAAUCUGUCAGGGAAGAGAAAUCUUCAACUCGCUUUCAUUAUCAAUGCUGUCCUAGCUUGCUGCGAAGACCAAGCCUAAACCAAGGUGAACCAACCAUUGAGGGGUCUGACAAGCUGUGGGUAGCUGGUGUGAAGCUUGUUGCAGAUGGCUCCCCUCACUGCGGUACUGCUGCAGUACAGGAGCCAUAUUUGAAUUCCAAUCUCACUGAGAUACUUGGAUUCCCCGAAGCUCCACAAUACGGCACCCUUAAUCAUACCACAGAUGAGCUUUUGGAAAUUGUCGAGUCCUACCAUAAGAAGGGUACCCAGAUUGCAAUUCAUGCUCAUGGGGAACGAGCCAUUGAUCAAGUGCUUACGGUGUAUGAACAGGUUAUAAGCAAAGAUCCCAAGGACACACGUCACCGCAUUGAACAUCUUGGAUUGGCCACUGUAGAUUCCAUUGCACGGGCUGGAGAACUCAAGCUUGCCUUGUCCUUCUUUGUGUGUCAUCUUUAUUUCUAUGCAAAAGCAUAUGCAGAAUAUAUCUUUGGGAGAGAACGAACCGACCGUUGGACACCCUUAUCAGAAGCAAGCAAACAUGGUCUUCUUUGGUCCAUUCACCAGGACCAUCCAACUUUUCCAGGGCCUGGGCCUCUUCCUAUGGCAAACCUGAAGACGGCAGUUACUCGGACCCACAGGGAUGAUCAGGAGACUGUAUAUGGCCCAGAAUACCGUGUUUCCAUCCAUGAGGCCUUGAAGGCUUACACCAUAAAUGCAGCCUGGCAAAUCCACAAAGAUAAUGAAUUGGGUAGCUUAGAGAAGAACAAGAAAGCAGAUCUGCUCAUAUUGUCUAAGAACCCCUACCAAGUGGAUCCAAUGGAAUUAGAGAGCAUAGAGGUGGUUGAGACCAUUAUGGAUGGCCAUUCAACAAAUCUGUUAAAGUUGAGCAAGGUCAGUGGUGGAAAGUUCUUGGUGUUUGAUGACUGAAGUCCAGCCUAAGAGAGUCCUCUUAGAUGACAAGGGAGGAUGAUACAUGUAUGAACACUUAAAGAAUGAAGAUGUAACGUUUAAAAGUAGAGGAUAUUUGGCAAUUUAGGUUUUAGGGUAAGAAUGGAAUAAAAAAAAAAACAUUUGUGUAGCAUGCAGAUUACAUAAUAAAUAGGAUUGUUUUCCUCCACUGCAACCAUAGCAAUUCAGUAUAAUCAAGAAUCAACCUUCACAGAAAGGCUUUCACUAUUUGAACAUAGGCUUUGAAAAACAGAGCAGUAGGGAAUAUCUAUGGUAUGCUCGAUCCGUGUGGUCACAUGAUGCCAAACAGCCCAUAAUCACAUGGACACUUUCAGAAAAACCACACCAGAGCUAGAAUAUUUGAUGUAUUUUGAGUAGUCAGUCCUACACUUGAAAAUGAAAAGGCACUACACUUGUAUUUAGUUGAACUUAUUAGCUUGGACAGUUUUUUUAGAAUUUUUUAAAUUUUAACCUUAAAAUAAUCAAUUCAGCAGAUAUAUAUUCUAAAGCACAAGUUUGCAUUAAAUUUAGAGAGAAUGUAGGCUUAAGUUUCUUGAUUUGACAUUGUUCAUUUUAAGUGCGAUAGCAAGAUGUGUUAAUUUUUGUCUACAAAAUAAAAUAACAUUGAACUACAAACACUGAUCAGCAACUGAAGCACAAUUGAUACCUACAGUACUAUGAGUUUACAUGUCAGGAUAAAGAGAGUUCAAACCAUUGAAUAGCAAGUCACUCACAAAAUUUACAUUAGAUUGGGCAUGCUGUAAUUUCAAUUUGUAAUAUAUUAGUUUUCCAUUGAUUUUGACUUCUUUGCAUGCGAUUUCCACUUCUUAUAUCUCCGUUUCUCGGUGCCAUCCAAUCAAAA